AUUGAGAUUUGAGCAUCAAUGCCUCAUCCUAUUGCUUAAGCAUCUCCCUUUUUUCAGGUUGCUUUUUUUUUGCACACAAGCCACUUUUAUGCAUCCCUCUAACAACUUUAUAAAGUUUGUUAUUCUUUUCAAAUCUCAGUGAUUGCCUCUCUCUCUCUCUCUCUCUCUCUCUCACAAUCUCUUGUGUAUCUUAAACGGUUAAAGUUGAACGCAAUCAAGUUCCUCCUACUGGAAAAAGGCAGACAAGAAGGCUUUGCAUAUGGGUGUCUGUUGUUUUGAGCAACCCAUCCUGCAGUUUUCAGACCCUUGUUUCUGCCUCUCAUUGUGUUUGCAGUAUAUUUAAACCAAACCCACAACUCUAGCUUCCGUCGGUCUUCUUUGACAGAGGUUUGCCUCUUGUUCCUGUCUUUCCCCUCAGUUCAAGGUUUCCAGGGCAACAUAAAAGAAGGUAUGGAUAAGGCUAACUCACAGCUAUAUUGGCAGAACUACCACAUAAUACAAGAAAAUGAGCGGCUGAGGAAGAAGGCUCAACAGCUUAAUCAGGAGAACCAGGUUCUGUUGUCAGAGUUGAAGCAAAAGCUUACAAAAGCAGGCACCAGUCAAUGCCCUAGCGAAGAUUCCACUUCCACCUCAAAACAUAAUGAGUCCAGCAAACCAUGAUUCUAUAAAUGAAAUUCAUGGACCAGAUCCACAUUGCUACUCUUUGUUCCAUGCCAACCAUAGAGAGGCAAAGUAUUGAGAGCAUUUAUUUUAACCACAGUACUCUACUAGUUCUUACCAUCCAAUAUCUAUCUCCUAGGAAAAAUAUUUUAUAUUUUUGUUAAAUGAUGAAGUUCUAAGAGCUAAAGAUAUAUAAGAAAAAUGAAUUUCACCUCUCUCUGUCUGUCUGUCUGAAUGGACAUGUUAAUAAAUAUAAACUUUACAAUCAGUCCACAAUGAGCCUCCUGUCUAUACUGGAGAAAGUUUGGUAAAAUGCCUUGAAAUGCUUGUAAGCAAUGUCUAUAUCUUCUGUUCCGCAUACCUCUCUGACACUGCAAAUAAAGAGAAGGAAAAGAAAUGGAAUAGACAUGAGUGGUCCUG